AGUCCAAAAAAAUACAACACCCUUAUCUUCACUCAUUCUUUCAUUCACUUCACUUCCAAAUUGUCAUGGCUUCCACAGUGUUCUCAUAUCCUUCUCCUCUUCAUCUUAAAACCUAUCCACACAAAACAUCAUCAAACCCUUCAGAGUUUUCCAUUCACAUCCAACCCAAAAAGCACUUUUCCAUUAGAUGCACAUCUUUGGACUCCAUUCCUGAGGCUGAGUUUCCAACUCCAGACCCUUCCUCAAGCACAGUGAACAGUGCAGAGUCCUUUCCCAUUGAGAAGAGAAGGAGGUCAGAGAUAGUGAGAGAGAGAAGAGGAGAAAAACUAGUGCAGCCAGAGCCACCAAACUUUGAAAUAGGUUGGAAGAGGACCAAAGAGAUCAACCUAGAGAGGCCAAUAGGGCAUGUCAUAGCUGAUUUCUUGGAGAAGCUGGAGACCCUCAUGGAGAAGGAGUUUGGAUCAACAGAACUUCUGGCUAAGGUUGGGGAGAUUGUGGCCGAGAGGGCAAGAGAGGAGGCUGAGAUUCUCAUGGAUGAAGGGAAAGUGGAAGAGAGAAUGGUGACUGAAUUGUUUAGAGUGUUGAAGUUGAUGGAGAUGGACUUGGCAAUGGUUAAGGCUGCUGUGAAGGAGGAGACUUUGGGUGAGAGGCUUGAGCUGGCCAAGGCAAGGUGCAGGCAAGCCAUACUUGUUGCUUAUUCCUUUUGAGAACUUUCAUGGGAGAUACAAUGUAGGGUGUAUUUGGAUACACGUUGAAAUCAGUUAAACGGAAAAAUCACAUUUUCCAAAGCAAAAAUGUCAAAGAAAUGUUGUAGUUUUCAUCUAAAUGUUAGUUGGUGUUGGAUUCAACUGCUUCCCAAAUACACACAUAGUAGUUGUAAAGAACUUGAAAGUACUGAUAAAUUUUGCUGAAUUGUGCACCCAUUGACCUUUUUUUAAUCGUCAUAUUCUUUUACCUAA